CAGAAACUCGCCUUCUUCUUCUUCCCUGCCUUUGACUUUCCCCGUCUUCUCUUCACCUUGAGAAGGUUCAUAGUAGAUCUUCCUUCACUGAACCCUCCCAAUUAGCUCCUUUUACAGAAGCGUGGUUCUCUUCUGUGGGUGAAUACAGCUGAGAUGGACUUAAACGGAUGUCUGACUCUAAUCAUCAUCCUUGCUUUGACCGUAGGACUGGUUUUCAGACAACUCACGAAAUGGCAGAGAAUGGGGGACUCGGAGUCAACGUUGAGAACGGGCGAUGCAUCUGGAGUAGAGAACGAGGCAUUAAGGAGGGACUCGCAGUCAACCUCGAGGACGGACGAAGGGUCUGGAGAUCCGUACGAUGUGUUUUUGAGUUUCAGGGGAACCGACACAGGUAAAAGCUUCGCUGAUAUCCUCCACCGCGAUAUGGUCCGUGCAGGAAUUCGCGUUUUCUUUGCCGAUGAAGAACUCAAAGAUGGUGGAAAAAUCAAUGUACUUUUGAAGGCAGUAAGGAAUUCUCGGAUCUUUGUACCCAUCUUCUCUCAACACUUUGCUGACAGUGUAUGGUGUCUCCGUGAGGUAGAACGCAUGGUAGACUGCCUAUCAAUACCAAAUGAGAAGAAAGAAAUCAUCCCCAUUUUUUAUGACGUGACGCCUGACGAUGUGAAGCUCAAAACCAAUCUGUACAAAGAAAACUUACGCAAGCACCUGGAGAACUAUGACUCCCCGCAAGUGCAGCAAUGGAAAAAAGCCCUUCGAACGGUUGGCAGGAUACGUGGACGAGAAAUUCAAGGCAAACGCCAAGGCCAAGAAAUUGACUCAAUCGUUGAAGUGGUUUCCGGUAAGCUUAAUACAGGACGCAAGAUUGAGACUGAAAAUUUGGUUGAAGAUGUUGCACAGGUGCAAGCCAUAAUGAAAUUGCUGGAUGUUUGCUCUGAUGGUGUACGUUACGUUGGCAUCCAUGGCCUGGGUGGCAUUGGAAAAACAACUCUUGCCAAAACUGUGUACAACAAAUUACGUUCUCACUUUGAAGGCCAUUGUUUCCUUGAAGACGUUCGAGCAUCAUCGCAACCUCAUGAUGGUCUUUUCAACUUACAGAAAAAGCUCUUAUCAGGCUUCAUUGGUUCGGGGAUUAUUGACCAAAUUAAAGAUGUUGAUGGAGGGAUCGCGAGGAUUAAAGGUGUAUUUAGCAAGAAAAAAGUACUCAUCGUACUUGAUGAUCUAGAUGAGAAAAAUCAACUCGAAAAGCUGGCCGGAAAAUAUGAUUGGUUCCGUUCAGGCAGUAGAAUCAUCGUCACGACUAGAAGGAGAGAAAUCUUGACGACUCUAGUGGAAUUAUCCAGUGAAGAGGUGCUACCUCAACCCCAAAGAAUAUUCGGUUAUGAAGUUAAAAGAAUGGCACUUGAUCGUGCAUCUGAGCUGUUCUGUAGGCACGCGUUCAAAAGAGUCUCUGCCGUAGAAGGACAUGAACCUUUUGCAGAGAAAAUUGCCCUUGCAGUGGGUAGGCUUCCUUUGUCCAUCCGGGUGAUAGGUUCUUAUAUUUCUGAGUUGAACUUUGACCUGACGUCGCCUCAAAUUCUAGAAAUGCUAUUGAGAGAGACGUUGCAGAAAUUAGAUGGAUAUGACUUUGACGAAAUUCGAAAAGUAUUAAUGGUCAGUUACCACGGAUUGAAUAAAAACGAAAAAGAAGUAUUCCUGGAUAUUGCUUGCUUUUUCGUCAAUGAGGACCAAACAUAUCCAGUUAUCAUGUGGGAUGACUGUAAGUACGGUCCUCACAGUGCGCUUUGUGUCCUCGAGCAGCGGUCCUUGAUUAAAGUUAUUGGUAAAAAGCUUUGGAUGCAUGACCAAGUUCGAGAUUUGGGGAGGCAUAUCAUUCUUGAAGGACAUAUUCCCAAAUUUAGUAGGGUCUGGGAACAUGAUGCUGCUGUAGAACUAUUGAAGAGAAAACAGAGAAAUGAAAAUGUAGAAGCCCUAAGCCUGACUUCAAGUGACGAUAACCACAACUUGGUAAAUGAAGAAUUAUCUGCUCUACCAGAAUUGAGAUUCCUUCGAGCGAAAGGUUCGGAUAUUUCUGGCGACUUCAAGGAUCUUCUUCCGAAGCUAAGAUGGCUUUCUUGGCAGACAUGGCAAACGACUUUUCAGGCAGAAAACUUUCACUUAAGUAGAUUGCUUGUACUCAACCUUUCAAAUAGCAAUAUUAAAGAUGAUUGGGAUGCCUGGAGCAAAAUGAAGAUGAACAAAUUGGAAGUUUUAGAUUUGACCGGUUGCAUGGGCUUAACAAGGACACCUGACCUCUCCAACUUCACAUCUUUGGAGACGUUGAUUCUUGCUCGAUGUGUCAAGUUAACCACAAUUGACGGCUCCAUUGGUAAGCUACAAAGCCUAAGAACUUUCAAUAUCAACGGAUGCAAGGCUCUUCAAGAAUUGCCUACAGAAUUCGGUUCUCUGCAAUCUUUGACGGAGAUUAUCAUGCCCCAACAUUAUCAGCCCUUCAAGCUUCCGGAGACAUUUGGCGGUUUGCAUUCUCUCUCGAGUUUAAUAUUGGACGAGCACCUUGGAAUCAGCAAACUUCCGGAUGAAAUUGGAGGGUUAGUGAAUCUUACCCGUUUAUCUUUAUGUGAGUGUGCGGGGAUAAAGAAGCUUCCAAGCUCUAUUGGAGGAAUGAAAAUAUUGGCUGAGUUGGAUUUAUCAAAGUCAGGAAUAGAUGAACUACCUGAUUCCAUUGGAUUUCUAAAGAAACUAAAAGUGAUCAGGGUAAGUUAUACAUUGGUAACAAAGUUCCCUCUUACUAUCGGAGAUGUGGAAAUGCUUGAAGAAUUACAUGCCCAGAAGUGUUGGAAGCUGACAGAUGAAAACCUGGAGAAAAUUGGGAAGCUAUCCCAUUUGAGGAUAUUGGACAUGUCAUAUACUUGUGUAUCUAGCUUUCCCAAGGUGCUAGCUGGUCUCUCGCAUCUCGAAACACUUGAAAUGUGUUCAAGUGACCCACGAAAAGUCCCAAAUCUUCCCUCAAGUUUGAAGCGCCUUCACAUGCAAGCACCUCACUUCCCAAUUAUCCCCGACCUCUCAAGCCUCGUCCAAUUAGAUUAUCUGGAACUGUCCAUAGUAACCAUUCCAAUGGAAGAACCUGACAAAUCGAGGAUGAAUGAUCCGCCAAAAGAGCAAGUGAACCAUCCGCUUCCAUCUAGUUUGUCAACCAUGAAAUUUCGGGAAGUUACUCUGCUACCACCUUUUUCCAACUUAAAAAAUUUGUUGGAGAUGUCCUUUGUUGAAUAUCCAAUGCCAUGUUUCUCCGUCUCUCAAGACCUGGCACAUUUGAGAACAUUGACACUAAGAAAAUGUAGAUUGCUGGAGAAAAUACCUGGUCUGGCACUCUUGAAGAACCUACGAUGGUUGGAACUGAACAGAUUGGAAAGUCUGUUUGAGAUUGAUGAUUUGUUGGAACUCAAAUCGUUGGAGCACUUCUGUAUUGCCCAUUGUAAGGAGAUAGAAAGCUUGCCCAACUUGUCAAGCUUAGGUAAGCUACGGCACAUUGAACUAGAAGCUUGUCCCAAAAUAAGAAUGAUCGAGGGUCUCAAGGGCAUAGAAAGCUUGGAGUUAGAUAAACGUGGUUGCACUAUCCUGGAAAGAUUGCUGGAUGACCCAGAAUCGACCUGGCUUUCUCACAGGAUUCCAACGUAUGAUGUGUUCCUGAGUUACAGGGGAGUGGACACUCGUUAUAGCAUUGUCGAGAUCCUUUACAAGAACCUUCUUCGUAACAAAGUUCUGGUUUAUAGGGACGAUGGGAUAAGGAGCCAUGGUGAAGGAAUUCCCAGGGAGCUUCUAGCAGCACUCGACGAUUCUCAUAUCUACAUUCCCUUCUUAUCAAAGAACUUUGCUUCUAGUACGUGGUGUCUCUAUGAACUAGUUCGCAUGGUAGGGUGCAAGAAGUCAGAUGGAAAGAGAAGAAUCCUGCCCAUUUUCUACGACGUGGAGAAGGCUGAUGUUAAGCUUGAAAGCAAUUUAUACAGAGACGCCCUGAAUGACCACAGGAGCUUAUAUGGCGACGAUGCGGAGGAAUGGGGCCGCAAACUGAAGGAAUGGGAAGAGGCUCUUAGAUAUGUCGGGGACAUGGAUGGGUACAACCUGAAAGCUAACAGCCUCGAAGAACUAAUCGACUUGGUUACCAAAGUGGUUUCAGAAGAGCUAUUAGAUGCCGACAUAAAGUAUCAAAGAAAAGAAAAAGAAAGAGAAAGAAAUGGAAUUCUAUUCCAUAGGAUCGCACAUUGCAGUGACGGGAUGGGAAGAGGCUCUAGUUCAGGUUGCACGCAUCAAGGGAGUCGAGCUGAAAACUAACGGGUAAUUGCUUCCAUUUCAAUCAAUUAUGACAAGAUAAGUCAUUCAAUUGAUUUACACGCCAUAUGGAAUUUCAAAGU